CCUUCCUGGGGAAGCUGCUGUGCGCAGUCGCGGCGCUGAAGGCGGCUCUCUACCUGCUCCGCAGAGCCUGCCUAGCGAUGGCCUGGAAGUCGGGGGGCGCCAGCCACGCCGAGCUCAUCCACAACCUCCGCACUUAUGUUGAGCAUGAGUCUUGUCAUGAUAAGCGAGAAUGUCAAGCUGGCCCGUGAAUAUGCCUUGCUAGGAAAUUAUGAUUCUGCAAUGGUCUACUACCAGGGAGUACUUGACCAAAUAAACAAAUACCUCUCCUCUGUCAAAGAUGCAUAUCUCCAGCAGAAAUGGCAACAGGUUAGGCAGGAAAUAAGUGUAGAAGCCAAGCAUGUGAAGGAUAUCAUGAAAACAUUAGAAAGCUUUAAAUUAGACAGCACCCCUUUAAAAGCUGCACAGCAAGAAUUACCAGCUCAUGAUGGAGAAGUCUGGUCGUUGCCUGUACCUGCUGAACGUAGGUCCUCACCAGGACUGCGGAAACGCCAGUCUGCUCAGUGCAGUGACUGUAGAGGUCAUAAUAACCGAGCAGGUGCAGCAGCCAGAGCCCCUCAUCGUCCCGCCUCCCGAAACGCUAACGAUAAAGGCAAAAUAGUUCGUGGCCGAGAAAAGAAGGAUCCUCAAAAUAAAGGAAAAGAGGAAAAAAGUAAGUCUUCAUCUGACAUUUCAGAACCUGAGCCAAAGAAAUUUGAUAGUACUGGGUAUGAUAAAGACUUAGUAGAGGCUUUGGAAAGAGAUAUUAUUUCUCAGAAUCCCAACAUUCGAUGGGAUGAUAUAGCUGACUUAGUGGAGGCUAAAAAAUUGCUGAAAGAAGCUGUAGUCUUACCCAUGUGGAUGCCAGAAUUCUUUAAGGGGAUUAGAAGGCCUUGGAAGGGUGUAUUGAUGGUUGGACCUCCUGGUACUGGAAAAACCCUACUUGCAAAAGCUGUAGCUACUGAAUGCAAGACAACUUUUUUCAAUAUAUCGUCAUCAACGCUUACUUCAAAAUAUAGAGGAGAAUCUGAAAAACUUGUUCGCCUGCUGUUUGAAAUGGCUCGAUUCUAUGCUCCAACAACAAUAUUUAUUGAUGAGAUAGACUCUAUCUGUAGCCGCAGAGGAACUUCUGAGGAGCAUGAAGCCAGCCGAAGGGUGAAGGCAGAAUUACUUGUUCAAAUGGAUGGUGUUGGAGGGGCUUCUGAAAAUGACGACCCUUCAAAAAUGGUUAUGGUACUGGCUGCAACUAACUUUCCAUGGGAUAUUGAUGAGGCUUUAAGACGACGGCUGGAGAAGAGAAUUUACAUUCCUUUACCAUCAGCUAAAGGCAGAGAAGAACUUUUAAGGAUAAGCCUGCGAGAGCUGGAGCUUGCUGAUGACGUUGACCUUGCAACUAUAGCACAGAAUAUGGAAGGCUAUUCUGGUGCUGACAUUACCAACGUGUGCAGGGAUGCUUCACUAAUGGCUAUGAGGAGACGUAUUGAAGGCUUGACACCUGAAGAAAUUAGAAAUCUUUCCAGAGAUGAAAUGCACAUGCCAACGACAAUGGAAGAUUUUGAAAUGGCUUUAAAGAAAGUUUCCAAGUCAGUCUGUGCUGCGGACAUUGAAAAAUAUGAAAAAUGGAUACUUGAAUUUGGAUCAUGCUAAGCCUUCCUAUCUUAAGAAAUCUGCCUUAAGUCUUCAGACAAUUCCAG